AUGAUCAGCUUGGAAGACGAUGAAGACGAUGAAGAUUACAUACCUGAAGAUGACGACGACGACGACGAUUAUGAAGAUGAAGAAGACAAUGAGGACUAUAUGGGCUGGGGCCAUCGAAACUUCAACGAGGUUGGGCAUUUCUUUCCAACUAUAACCGAACCACAAACCGCUGGACUCAGACUUCUGUAUUCUGGGGAAUUUGGUCCGCCUCCGUCGGGGUCAGUUAACAAUAUUGAACAAGAGGAGAACCGGCCACAGUCAAAAAGAGCUACCAGACGUGCACGACGGUCUUUGGACCCAACUCCAAAGAUAGAAGUAAACCAGUACCCAGCUCAUCAUACCACAUAUCGUCUCCCCUUGACUCCGAUCCGAAGCCCAUUUGCACCCCAUAACUAUCGUAUCGAGACAGCGAGAGGUCUGGUACCGAACAGCUCAGGUGCAAUAGUUGCAUUGUACGAUGACAAGGUCUACUCUGGGCAAUUCUCCCUUGAUGCGAAUGUAUACUAUUCUUGUACACAAGGGCACGAUAUCUGGGUUUACGAUGCGAACUCAACAGGGAACAUAGUCACACAUCCCCAAACAGGGCAUAAAAGUCGAAUGGAGGUACUGAACAGGGUCAAGGGAAUUUAUGGUAACUGGACAGUGACGGACUCUCACCUGAGUCCUGAUAACGAGAGGCUUAUCUACUCGUCAAUUUCGCCGGUCGUUCAUAUGACAAAACUCCACGAGCCCAAUGCUCCACAUGUGUCCCUCGAUUUCAGCAACUCCUCUCAGGGACGAAACCGCCGUCUCCUAGGUUUCUAUGAUGAUUCGUUUGGAAUAUGGACUUGUCGGUUCAGCGCCGACGGCAAAGAGGUUGUGGCAUGUGGUUCACAACAAAUAUUUGUAUGGGAUUUGGCAGCACACAAACGAGUAGUGAGUGUGCCCGCACAUAAACAGGACGUGAACAGCUGCUGUUGGGCGGACACAGCUUCAGGGAACGUCUUGAUCAGCGGGUCGGACGACACUAUGAUCAAAGUCUGGGACCGCCGUUCCUUGUCGUCCAACCGACCUUCAGGGGUCCUCCCAGGGCAUACCGAAGGUAUCACAAGUGUGUCAGCCAAAGGCGACGGCCGUUACAUUAUAUCAAACGGAAAAGACCACGCACUCAGACUUUGGGACCUGCGAAUGAUGCGAGAAAACGAGGACGUUACAUAUGGCCGCUAUGGACAGAUAGGUUAUGACUACCGAUAUGGCAACUAUAGAAAACCUAGGCGGCACGCGCAUCCACAAGACUGCAGCGUUAUGACGUACCGUGGACACAGUGUCUUUAGAACUCUCAUUCGGUGUCACUUUAGCCCCGAAGAAACCACAGGCCAAGCGUAUAUUUAUAGCGGAAGCACUGACGGAAAGGUUUAUAUCUGGUCUUUGGAUGGACGAAUCGUACAGACCUCGACCGUACCAGACACUUCCAAUCACAUUUGA